AACCUGUCCUUCCUCCGUUCCUUACCUUCUCCCCUCCCUCCCUCCCACCCUGCAAGCUAUCGGCAGCCUCUUCUCCGUCAUUUCCUCUCUGGGUUUUAGCCGGAGGCGGGAAGGAAGGAUCCGAGCGGGAUCAUCGCUGGUGUCUCGGCGGUGUCCAAAGAUCCGGCGCUGAAUUUACCCCAGAGGGCUAUAUGUGCCAAUGAAGCGAGAAUAUAAUCUUUGGUAGCCGCCAGUUGUUGAUCUCUUUACAGAACUACACCUGCAAAAUCAUUCUUCUGUCUCCUGCAAAAUGUCAGCGCGACACCAGUCGGCGAGCAUGGAAGUGCUGUUCACAUUCGAUGAGAGGAAAGAACGGAGGUCAGAUGUGGAGAAUUCGGAGGAUGAGAGGAGGAGGCUAUCCAUCGGGUCAUUGAAGAAGAAGGCACUGAAUGCGUCAAACAAGCUCACGCAUUCACUCAAGAAGCGGGGGAAGAGAAAGGUGGAGCAUCGGGCCUCUUCCUUCACAAUCGAAGAUAUCAGAGAUGAGGCAGAGGAGCGUGCUGUCUUUACCUUCCAGCAGGAGCUUUUGAACAGGAACUUGCUACCUGACAAGCAUAAUGAUUAUCACUUGUUGCUGAGGUUUUUGAAGGCUCGGAAAUUUGACACAGAGAAAUCAAUUCAAAUGUGGGCUGAAAUGAUCCAGUGGAGAAAGGAGUUCGGGGUGGAUACAAUUCUAGAAGACUUCAAUUUUGAAGAGCUAGAUGAGGUGCUGUGCUAUUAUCCUCAGGGCUACCACGGAGUUGACAGGCAGGGAAGACCAGUAUACAUUGAGAGAUUAGGGAAAGUGGAACCAAACAAACUGAUGCACAUUACUACAGUUGACCGCUACAUGAAGUAUCAUGUGCAAGAAUUUGAGAAAGCCUUCAGGGACAGGUUUCCGGCAUGCUCUAUUGCAGCGAAAAGGCAUAUUGAUUCUACAACCACUAUACUAGAUGUCGAUGGUGUGGGUCUCAAGAACUUCAGUAAAACAGCAAGAGAUAUGCUAAGUAGAAUGCAGAAGAUUGACAGUGACUAUUAUCCUGAGACACUGCAUCAGAUGUUUGUUGUGAACGCCGGUAGUGGUUUCAAGCUACUCUGGAAUUCGGUGAAAGGCUUUCUUGAUCCUAAAACUGCCUCAAAGAUACAUGUUUUGGGAACAAAGUUUCAAAACAAACUUCUUGAAGUAAUUGAUGCAAGCCAACUUCCUGAUUUUUUGGGGGGGACAUGCACUUGUGCUGCUGAGGGAGGAUGUCUCAAGUCCAACAAAGGCCCAUGGAAUGAUCCAAAUAUUAUGAAGCUUGCACAUAACAAGGAAGCAAAAUUUGCAAGACAUACCAGACGCUUAUCUGAGAUUGAGCAAAGGAGGAGUUCUUUUGCUAGGCUACAUCCUUUGAAGGGUACAAACAGUGACACGUCAACGGUUGAGUCAGGAUCUGACAUUGACGAUCUUGGUUCUCCUAUAAUGAGAAACACAGUGGAGAGAAGCACACUGGGAUGUAGUAGAUUAGCUCCAGUUCGUGAAGAAAUGCAGAUGAGAGUACGAGACUCUGCAGCUUAUUACAGUUGCGACGAUCACUUUGUUAUGGUGGACAAAACGGUUGAUUAUGGUCGAGGAGGACCAUUGUCAGAUAAAAGCAGUGCUUCAGACGUAAAAGCUCAAGCUCACCCUUUGAGCACUGGCACAGCACCACACAUGCCAGGUUCCUCUAGUAACAGACGAGGUACAGUAGUACCUAUGGAGGUUUCGGAGGAAGGAAAAUUCUAUCGUUUUGUCAGAUUACUGCUAGCCUUGAUUGUCAAAUUCUUCGCCUUCUUCCACAUAUUAUAUACUCAGCAGGAGACAGGGGUCAACAACCCAUUACCUCCAGCUGAAACCGAGCCGAUUUCUGACGAUCAUCCAGCAGUAGAGACUUUCAAUGUGGACCACAUCACUCCUGUCAUAGAGCGCCUUCAGAGGCUUGAAGGGAAGGUUGAUGAGCUUGGCAGCAGGCCCCCAGAGAUUCCCCUGGAGAAAGAACGCUCCCUGUUGGAGUCAUGGGAUAGGAUAAAAUGUAUUGAAUCUGACCUAGAGCGAACAAAGAAGGUGCUGCAAGCUACAGUGAUGAAGCAACUGGAAAUUGCAGAGUCACUGGAGGAAGUUAUUAGGUCAAAGCUACGUAGACGAAGAUUUUGUGCAUAAUAAACAAUCAUGGCUGCUGAAAAGGACGCCUUUCAUCAAAGGGUUGAGACUCGAGACUCGAGAGUACAUGUUGUGGCAAAGGUAUGCAUAAGACAGUCGAUGAUGCGUGAGCUGUAGCCCGUGCGUUUCGGAUUGGCUCAAAGGACGGUCGCUACGCAUAGCAAAAAAAAAAAAAAAAAAAAAAUCGGUCCUCCUUUCAUCUUCUCUCUUGUAACUCAAAGAGGCUUAUCCAUUUUUCUGUUGACAAAAGAGGAUGUAGGAUGGACGACAAUAUGGCUAGUAAAGGUAGUACAGAUAGGUGGAAAAUAGGUGGUACAGAUAAGGCAGUAUGCUUCUUGAGAAUGUUGCAAACUUGCGCGUAUGAUAUGGAAACGCAUUUCUGUGUUCGUUGCCUAA